AGUCCCGCAGCGGCCACGGUGGGUGUGCCCCGCGGGGUGUGCGCCCGGCGCCCAGGCCGAGCCCGCCGGCGAGAGGGCGCCUAAGGGGGUGCGUGCCCCGGACGACGAGGGUGCGCCAGCCUGGGGGAGCGCGCACUGGAUAGGGACUGUGCACCCGGAGGCUGCGUGCGCCCCGAAGCCCCAGGCACAGCCGGCGCCCCCAGCUGGACUCCCGCGGCUCGCCAAGCUCCAGUCGCGGUGCUGGAUUUGCAGAGCCUGGAGCCUGUGCCUGCGCCUCACACCUGCCUCUGCUCCAAAGAGCUGCGGCUGCAGUGGGCUGGCUGAGACUCCUUACAGCGGCGCCUGCCUGGGACACCCUGGGACCUUCCUCCUCCACAGCUGCCUUCUCCCCGGCUCCUGUACCCUCCCUUUCUGAAGGCACUGGUUCGUGCUGCAGCGAGAAGCCCUGCCGGGAGCUGGAGGCUUACAGUAGAACACUCCAAUGAAUUUUACAGACUUAUUGGAUGAAGAGUGCCUGAGAAACUGGCAGCCAGCCUUCCCUAAGAUGGAGAAGACAGAUGCCAAAGACCAGUCCUCUCAGAGGGAAGAAGAGAAAGAGCCUCCAAAGGGCCACCCUUACUCCGUGGAGACCCCCUACGGCUUCCACUUAGACCUGGACUUCCUCAAGUACGUGGAUGACAUCGAGAAGGGCAACACCAUUAAGAGGAUUCCUAUCCACAGAAGGGCCAAGCAGGCCAAGUUUAGCACUUUGCCCCGAAACUUCAGCCUUCCCGACAGCGGGGCUCGCCCCCAUGCUGCUCUUUCCCACCCAAACUGGUCCCCAGCCGUGCCGAGGAAGGCGUCACCCGGGCCAGAGGCGCGAGCCCACUCGCUGCCGCUCAGCGAGCCCCCCGCCGCCGCCAGCGGGGGUGAUGUGAGCUACCGUCGGAAGGUCCUGCUGGCGGAGACCGCCAGGCAGGUGGAGGCCGCUGCGCCCCCGGAGUUGGAGCUCAUCUCCGGGAGCGCACGGCCCCAGCUUCUGAGAGCAUCCAGCAUGCCAGCCACACUGCUGCCAAACAGGGCCUCGGAGGAUCCAAGCCUAAACUCAGGUUCUCCCGUCCUCCUGGCCCUCCCCCCACUUCAGGGUGAAGGUGGGGUCUGCGACGGCGCCUUUGGCCCCGCGGAAGGAUUUUUGGCCAGUUUCCACAGCUCCACCCCGGGAACAGCACCCCAACCAGAAGUCCGAGAGUUGGGAGACCUGGUGCCCGGGAUUCCAGAACGGAUACAGGAGGCGGCUGAGCCUCCAGAGGGCGAAGGAGAGGCUCUAAAUCACCUCUCUCUCCCAAGUCCUCUUUUCUCACCCCCGAACGUCUUGGUGGUCCUAGAAGAUGCAGAGGAGCAACACAAAGGCGGAGAAGCGGAGGCGGGGGUCAUGACCUCUGGCUCCCCCACGCCAAGCCCCCCACCUCUGCCAUCACCUAUCCCUGAGAAUGAGCUUUCCCUGGACGAAAUCGAGCUCAACAUCAGCGAGAUCCCCCCACCACCACCUGUGGAGGUGGAUGUGAGAAGCAUCGGCAUCCGGGUCACGGAGGAAAGCCUGGGCCUCGCCUCUGUGGACCCUGGCAGCAUCUCCAGCCUGAAGCAGCAGCUCUCCGACCUGGAGAGUGAAUUGUCCGAAAGAACUGAAGAACUGGCCCAGGUCAGAGCUGCCCUCCAGCGGCAGGAGGAGGAAAUCCAGGCCAGAGGGCAGAGGAUUCAAGAGCUAGAGUGUACUGUAGCUCAACUGGCAGAAAAGCUGAGCCGCAGGAAUACCAAAGAAGCUCAGGGCCAGACGGAUGCCAUGGUCAACACUGACCCUCUGCACGGACUCUUGACCAGGGAGUCGUGUGACAAGAGCAUUGGGGUCAACCUUAUGGGCAGCAUGGGAUCUGAAAGCUGGGGAGCCAGGGGAGAGGGGAAUGGCCUCUUAUGGUGGCAGGACAGCCACAAAGGGGGAGAUCGGAGCCCAGCAGAACUUGUGCCACCACCCCAGCUGUCACUGCCACAGGGCCCUGAGGUGGUCCUCCCCACUUCUUUACAUAGCUGUCUCUCCACUGAGCUCAGGAUCGAAGAAGGAGGCACUGAGCAGGAGGGAGGCCCUCAGGUGGAAGCAGAGAGUCUGGUCAGGGGAGCAGGAGGCUCUCCAGGGAGCAGCAAGAGACAGGCUCCCCCAGAGGGGAGAGGGGAGGCCGGCUCAGAGCUGCCAGGGAAAGAGCGCCCAGGAAGGCCACCAAGCUCACCCACCGAUGCCACUAUUGGGCAGUACGUGAAGAAGAUCCAGGAGCUCCUGCAGGAACAGUGGAGUUGCCUGGAGCAUGGGUACCCAGAGCUGGCCCGUGCCAUCAAGCAGCCAGCCUCCAAGCUCAGCAGCAUCCAGAGCCAGCUACAGAGCUCCCUCAACCUGCUGCUGUCAGCCUAUUCAGCCCAGGCUCCACCCCAGAAGGAGCCCCCAGGCCCCUCUUCCUCCCCACCGAUGGAGAUCUCCCCGUCGACCAGCCUUAAAUCCAUAAUGAAAAAGAAAGACUAUGGCUUCCGUGCAGGAGGUAAUGGGACCAAAAAGAACCUUCAGUUUGUUGGGGUUAACGGUGGCUACGAGACGACCUCGAGUGAGGAGACCAGUGGUGAAGACAGCUCCCCGGAGGAUCUGUCCGACAGCGAGGCCGAGAAGACAUGUGAUGGCCCAGAGCACAGGCGGGGCAAGGAUGCCCACCUCAGCGGCAAGGCGGGGCAGGCUGUCGCUGAGGGCACCUGCCACGCAGGCCAGGAAAGUGGGCCUGGGGACGAGCUCUCCCAUCCCAAGGCUGAGAGAUAUCAACCCUCAGAAGAAUUCCUUAAUGCAUGCCGGGCACUGAGCCAACAUCUGCCAGAAACUGGGACGACCCCUGACCAGCUCUUGAGGCAAAGCUUGAACACCAUCAGUCAAGAGUGGUUCCGUGUCUCCAGCCGGAAGUCAUCCAGCCCUGCUGUGGUGGCCGCCUACCUCCGAGGGGUCCAGCCUCACUCCCCACACUUGCUAAGGUUGCUUGUCAACUUAGCUGAUAACAACGGGAACACGGCUCUUCACUACAGCGUGUCCCACUCGAACUUCUCCAUCGUGAAGCUGCUGCUGGAGACAGGCGUCUGCAAUGUGGACCAUCAGAACAAAGCUGGUUACACUGCUGUGAUGAUCACUCCCCUGGCUUCUGCAGAGACUGACGAAGACAUGGCUGUUGUCUGGAAGCUCUUGAGAGAAGGAAAUGUGAACAUUCAAGCUACUCAGGGAGGCCAGACGGCACUGAUGCUGGGAGUCAGCCACGACAGGGAGGACAUGGUCCAAGCGCUACUGAGCUGCCAGGCAGAUGUCAACCUGCAGGACCAUGAUGGAUCAUCAGCCCUCAUGCUGGCCUGUUGCCAUGGCAACACUGAUAUGGUACGGCUGCUCCUGGCACACCCGGCCUGUGACAGCAGCCUGACUGACAAGGCUGGCCGAACAGCUUUGUCCAUCGUUCUGAAAUCACCCGCCCAUGUGGAAAUUGCAGGGCUGCUGCGGGCCCACGCAAAGCAGGGCAGGUCCCUGGGGCCAUAGGGGCUGCGGAAGAACUGGCAGCUGGGAACAGAAGGCGCCUUCUUUGGACUCCUCCCUCGCCCUUGGAGAGGGCGCGGGUCAUAGCCAGGGGGCCGCCCCUCCAGAGGAGAAACUAUGUCAAAUAUGCACAUACAUUCCUGUUGUAUACUUCUGCUCAUUAGGAUGCUUUGUAGUUUUUGCCUUAGGCCAAGCCCCCAAACUCUGCGGGCUGCAGCAGGGUGCAACGUACAAGGUGCAUUGGUGUUGGCUAAAAAUCCCAAACAUCUUCAGCCUCAAAUUCCUUGUGACUCUACCCUUUGUAGCACCGUGUAGAGAGCAGGCAGUCAGGAGCACAGUAGCAAAGCAAUACUUUUUAAGUGGAAUUUUAAAGUGCACCAUCUUUUUGUUUUUUUAAUCAAUAUAUAUGAAUAUGUCCCAUUGGAAUAUGCAUGUCCCAUUGGAAUAAGCAAGGAGGGGGGAAGGGGUGGGAUUUCAGCAGCUGCCCUGGCAGUCAUUUCUCUGACGGACCCAGGAGAAUCCCUAUGUGAGCAGGUGAAGCUGAACAGACCCCACUAGGGCCUUUGUUUAGUUGGGGUUGACAGAGAAAUCUUAAUUCAGAUGAGGCAGGUAAAAGAAGCAUAUUGGCAUCAGUGCCAGAUAUAUACAGUCUUGACCAUUUCCGAGUCAGCAGGUGGCUCCGGUUUGCUCCAGGGAAAUUGGAAUUAAUCAGGAAAUCCAAUCCAAUGACGCACACCACAUGUAUCCAGGCAGAGUCCAGUUACAGAAGCUCUUCUGAAUCCGCGAAGGCAAUAAAUGAGUCGGAGUGAGCAUCCUUCUCAGGGUGGGUUAUUGUCAUCCAGAAGCCGCUGCUUUUCCUCCAGAGCGGUAACCAUGGCUUCACAGUAAGCCUGGCUCCUUUCCCUUCCCCCGCCCUCAUGAGCCCUUCUGAGGAGCUGAGGUUUCCAAGGCGUCCGGCUGCAGAACCCGCCAGCCUGGGCUGGGGCAGGAGUGUGGAAGCUGGGCUGGGCUGGGCAGGGCCCGCUGUGUCCUGACAUCUCUCUCUCCUGGACGGUUCGUUCUUAAACGUCCACACUCCCAGAGAUCCACACGCCCAUGGCUCCCAUUCAGUCACGCACAAGGCUCUCUGUGAAUUUGUUCUUUCUUAAAAAUCUCUUGCGCAAAAAUGUCCCUUUCAUUUAAAAAGGCAAGGCAUCAAAGUUGGGUGAGCCUCACACUGGCAGCUCAAAAGCUUGGUUCCCAUUGGACUCAGAUGCCAAUUGGCUUGGCGCCCCUUGGGAGAGUCAUGCAACCUCCCCAGGCCCCAGUUUCAUCAUCUCUAAACAUGGGAAAUCAUCAUACAACCCGGGGUUCCUGGAUCCGCUUUGUAAUCCAUAAAGACUGUCUACAGAAAUGGCUCAGCAAACUUGAGUACACUUUAUGAUUCACACGGGAGGCUCAAAGUCCCAGAGCAGGACGCUGAUGUGGGACAGCGUGGCUCAGAGAGAAUGGAGCAAGUCAUGAUCUAAGAUGCUUAAAUGGGUUUCCUUGGACCUCGAAGCACAUUUUAAGAGCAAAACCCCACAUUAAUAAAUGUUCUAAUCCCA